GGUCGGCUCCCGCCCCACUCCGCCAUCAUGAAGUUGUGAACCAAAAAACGAAUGAGACAGAAAGGGUAAAAAAAGGAAAACAAUUCAUGAAUAACAUUUAUGUAAUUAUAAAAUAUGGUCGAGAGUGGAGCAAAUACCGGGGUCAGCUUUAAAUUGAUUAACUGUUUCCCAGUCGUAAUAUUCUGAUUGCUGGUGAGAAGACCAGGUCGUUAGCAUUUUGAUUGACUGCCAUAGCUAAUGCUAGCUAAAUCGUUUGCGAAGAAUGGAAUAUCAAUGAAAACAAUGUGGCUCGCUCGUGUUGAAUAGAGCAGAAGAGGUAACGUUAACGUUAGACGAGCGACCAAUAUUUCCCAUCCCGGGCCAGCUAGCUAGCUCUCCAGCUAGCUACGGUGGACCCCAAAAGCCACGAUUUGUCUUUGGUGGGGUGCAGGCAUGCACCCAAAUUAGCAACUGGGAUGCCAUUGCCAACACCAACAUGAACAUUUUCGAUUGAAAACAAUUGAAGGAUUUUGGCGUUGGGCAACAGAGCUAGGAAGGGGCAACCCCAUCCUUCAUAAUGGCGCUGGCCAUGCCGUCCAGUGUGCGGGCCGGGAGCCUGAAGGACCCAGAGGUAGCUGAGCUCUUCUACAGAGAUGACCCUGAGAAGCUGUUCACCGACUUGCGGGAGAUCGGCCACGGCAGCUUCGGAGCGGUCUACUUUGCACAUGACAUCCGCACCAAUGAAGUGGUGGCCAUUAAGAAAAUGUCCUACGGUGGCAAGCAGUCCAAUGAGAAAUGGCAGGAUAUCAUCAAAGAAGUGAAGUUUCUCCAGAAACUGCACCACCCCAACACUGUGGAGUACAGAGGUUGCUACCUGAGAGAGCACACAGCAUGGCUGGUAAUGGAGUAUUGUUUGGGUUCAGCCUCCGACCUACUGGAAGUCCACAAGAAGCCCCUCCAGGAACAGGAGAUAGCAGCCAUCACCCACGGUGCAUUGCAGGGCCUGGUGUAUCUUCAUUCUCACAACAUGAUUCACAGGGAUGUGAAGGCUGGUAACAUCUUGCUGACUGAGCCUGGCCAGGUGAAACUGGGUGAUUUUGGCUCAGCCUCCAUCAUUGCCCCGGCCAACUCGUUCGUGGGCACGCCCUACUGGAUGGCUCCUGAGGUGAUCCUGGCCAUGGACGAGGGCCAGUACGACGGCAAAGUGGAUGUGUGGUCACUGGGCAUUACCGCCAUAGAGCUGGCGGAGAGGAAGCCGCCUCUGUUCAAUAUGAAUGCUAUGAGUGCCUUAUACCACAUUGCCCAGAACGAGAGUCCCGUUCUGCAGUCCAAUCACUGGUCUGAUUAUUUCCAUAACUUUGUGGACUCGUGUCUGCAGAAGAUCCACCAGGACAGACCUACCUCGGACGUGCUGCUGAAGCACCAUUUCCUAUGCAGAGAGCGUCCUCACACGGCGGUGAUGGACCUGAUAGCUCGCACCAAAGACGCGGUGCGGGAGCUGGACAAUCUGCAGUACCGCAAAAUGAAGAAGAUCCUUUUCCACGAGGCCCUCAACGGGCCCCAGCCCGAGGGAGGGGAGGAGGAAGAGGACGUGGAGCAGUACAUGCUGCGGACAGGUACGGUCAACAGCAUGGAGAGCUCCCAUUCGCUGCCUUCCAUGUCCAUCAGCGCAAGCUCCCAGAGCAGCUCGGUCAACAGCCUGGCGGACGGUUCGGACGACAGCGGCGAGAUGGCCAUGAUGCAGGAGGGCGAGCAAACAGUCACCUCCAACAGCUCAGUCCUGCACAAGCCCCUGAGCCAUGACAACAUCUACGACGACCCCUACCAGCCCGAACUGGACGCACAGCAGCAGCCCCCGUCACGGGGUGAGGGACGAGAAGGUGGCAGGCGGAAGGGACACCGCAGCCGAGAUCACUUUGCCACGAUCCGGACAGCAUCGCUGGUGACCCGGCAGAUCCAGGAGCAUGAGCAGGGGUCGGCGCUGAGGGAGCAGAUGUCUGGGUACAAGCGCAUGCGGCGGCAGCACCAGAAGCAGCUGAUGGGCCUCGAAAACAAGCUGAAGGCGGAGAUGGAUGAGCAUCAGCUGAGGCUGGACAAGGAGUUGGAGAACCAGAGAAACAGCUUUGGAGGGGAGGGGGACAAGCUGAGCAAGAAGCACCAGGCUAUCCUGGAGAAGGAGACCAAGGCAGCCCUGGCUGAGGAGAAGAAGUUCCAGCAGCACAUCCUGGCCCAGCAGAAGAAGGAACUGACCAGCCUGCUGGAAUCCCAGAAACGCCAGUACCGCGCACGCAAGGAGCAGCUCAAAGAGGAACUGAACGAGAACCAGUUGACCCCUAAGCGUGAGAAGCAGGAGUGGCUGGUGCAUCAGAAGGAGUGUCUCCAGCAGCUGCAGGCGGAAGAUGAGGCGGGGCUCCUGCGCCGCCAGAGGCAGUACUAUGAGCUGCAGUGUCGCCAGUACAAGAGGAAGAUGCUGCUGGCGCGCCACAAUCUGGAGCAGGACCUACUCCGAGAGGACCUGAACAAGAAGCAGACGCUGAAGGACCUGGAGUGCGCAAUGCUUCUGCGCCACCACGAGUCCACCCAGGAGAUGGAGUUCCGGCAGCUGGGCUCGGUGCAGCGCACGCGGGCUGACCUGAUCCGCACACAGCACCAGACGGAGCUCACCAAUCAGAUGGAGUACAACAAGCGACGCGAGCAGGAGCUGAGGCAGAAGCACGCCGUGGAGGUCCGCCAGCAGCCCAAGAGCCUCAAAGUGAGUGAGAGCGAGACCCCCGGUAACCAAACCCAGAACCAGCCACCUCCAGAGGAGGAGAACAAGGGGGAGGAGUACCAGGAGACAGGGGGGCUAAGGGGAGCCCAGGCUGGGGCUGAGGGAGUGGAAGAGGUGGUGCUGGUAGAGGAAGGGGAGAAGGAAGAGGUGGAAGAAUGUGAAACCAAAGAGGAAAUGGAGGGUAACAAAGGAAAGGUUAGGAAAGGUUUUGAAGGAGGGAAAGAAAAGGUGGUGAGAGACCAAAGUGGAGAUGGAGAGAAUGAGAAGGGAGAAGAGAAGGACAUGGGAAAUGGGGAUGAGGUUUGCUCCAUUGUAGAAACAAAGGUUGAAGUAGAGGAGGAGAAGAGCGAGAAAAGCGAAGAUAACGAAGGUCAAGAACUUGAGUGGAAAACAGGGGAGGGAGGAGAGCAAAGGCAGGUGGAGGGAGUGCAGUGGGGGGAGGAAGAUGGGGAUGAGGAAGACGAAGCGAGAUAUGUUCUCGACGAUGACGAUGAGGAGGAGGAUAGGGGCGUGGCAGACGGCUGUCCGUCUGAGCUCAUCUCCUCCCCAUCCCUGGAACGGAGGCAUAUCCGCGAUCAGCGCAAGGGGGACGAACUCUCAGAGUUCUACUUCCCCGACACCCUUGAGGAACUCGAGCCUCUUCACCUCUCUGCCCCACCCCUUUCUCCGCCCCCUGUCCCCUCUUCCUUUCCCUCCCUCUUCUCUCAUGCCAUCUGCCUCCUCCUCUCCCUCUCGGCCGCCGCCCAGCCCUCCAACCUCACCUUCCUCAUACUCUCAGUCUUCCUCCUCUCCCUUCGUCGCUCUCCCCCUCUCCCCUCGCUGGCCUCCCUCCUCCUCUCGGGUGAGCUCGCCCUCCUCGCCCUCUUCUUCUCCUACCUCUUCCUCCGCUCCUGCUGCUCCCUCUCUCUCUCCACCUACCUGUCCCUCACUCUGUGGGCAUGCGGUCUUUUCAGCCUGGGCCUCUCGCUGAGCCUGGGUCUCUAUUAUGUCCCCGUAGCCCUGAUCUCUGCCUCCUUCCUCAGCUCGCCUUCCCUCUUCCUCUCCCUCUAUCUUGUGGUGGUGCUGGUGGUGCGACCGGCGCGCGUCUUCCUACAAAACGCCCCCCGGAAACUCAACCGUUUGUGGAUGAGGUUCCUCUUUCGCCUUCCCCGCCCACUCUUCAACAUCUGCCAGUCUCUCCUUGGGGGCCUGGCGGAGCGCAGCCUCUAUGACAUGUUCCCCAAGGCCGGGCGCAACUGGGGCGGGCGCCAGUCCAAAAUCCCUGUGCCCCUAAAGAGCCUGCCCUUAGUGCGCCUGGCGGGCAGGGGCCACGUUGGCUCGCCCCUUGCCACGUGCCUCCUCUGGGUCAGGCGCUUUAUCAGACGCCCCCUAGGGGUCCUUGCCGACCUUGCCAACUCGGUCGUGCUAAGGCUAGCUAGCAGGGUCCUUAAAGAGCUGCCUCCCGAGUGCCUGAGCAGACUUCGUACAUUCGGUCUGCUGAGAGAGGAGAAACCUAGCAGGCUGCCCAGGCUACUGCCCAGGGAGGUCAGAGAGCAGAAACAGAGGGAGAGGAGGAAGAGAGAGAGGGAGCGGCAAAGAAGGGAGGAGAGAGAAUGUAUGUUCAGAGAUGAGGGGAGGUGGGAAUGCGGGUUGAGACGAACGUCAUCUGGGCGGAGUGUGAGGGGCAAAGUGCGACCAUGGAGAUAGUAAGAGAGGGAGGGAGUUGGAUAGGGUGUGUGUGUUCCAUCUAUCACCGUCUGACCAUCGUGUGUUUGUUUCCUUUGUUUCAACCCUCCCAAAGAUAGGUAUACCUAUGAUGCACACAACCUAACACUGUGUUGCAUUGGCUGAAUGUAAUUGGCCAUUUAAUGUACUGUAUUGCCAAAAGCAUCCAGCAACUCCUGUCAUGUCACUGUCUUAUACCCCAUUGAAGUUUCAUUGUUUGUCACUCACUAUUGUGCUUUUUGUAAAAGUUUAAAAGUUUUCUUUAUUUUGUUCUUAAUUCGUAAGACAAUAUGUUUAUGGUUAUUUCUAAGACCAUGUUUGUGCAAUCUAUUGUGUUUUUAUUGAAGUUCUUACGAUUUCAGAGAUCUUUUUAGUGCACUGUUCACGCACAUUGAAUUUCUUGUCAGUGGAUAAUGGUUAUCAUCAAUGGCCACUAUUGAUUAGAUAUUAUUGGUUGUGGAUUGUCCACAAAAAUCAAGCAUUUCACCCAUUAUAAUACUAAAUUACUGUGAAAGUAGAAGUAGGCAAACAUCCUGGUCAUUUCAUUUAACUGCCCCCAAAAAACACUACUAGGUCAUUAAUAUAGUGCAAUAAAUAAUUAACCACACAAACUUCCAGAUCAAGAUUGCUUCAAUCCACAAAGUGAACUUUAAUACAUUAAUGUUAUGUACAAGCUAAACUGUACAAUUAUGUUAAACGCAUAGUGUUUGAUACGUGAAACUUGACGUAAACUGUAAAAUAAUUUCCACGUUUUUCUAAAAAUCCAGUCAUCCGAAUAUAGGAUACAAUAUGGCAUUUUAUACUCAAUUUCAAGUUAGCCAAUGUUUUGGGAUAUUGCAUAUUGUAUUUGGCUGGGUAGGCUUUGGCUGUCAAUUUAGUGAGCUAUAUUAGAUAUUUAAUUAGUAUUGCUCAUUGAGAAGAGUCGGCACAGCCAGAAGAGGACUGGCCACCCCUCAUAGUCUGGUUCCUCUCUAGGUUUCUUCCUAGGUUCUGGCCUUUUCUAGGGAGUUUUACCUAGCCACCAUGCUUCUACACCUGCAUUGCUUGCUGUUUGGGGUUUUAGGCUGGGUUUCUGCACAGCACUUUAACAUCAGCUGAUGUAAGAAGGGCUUUAUAAAUACAUUUGAUUGAUAGUAAGACCCCAAAUGUGAACAUGUAGAGAGAAGUGGAAGCUGGUGAAAUGGUUAUUAGUUAUUACAUUUCAUCUUCUAGAUCAGUAGAUUCAUUAUUGUGCUAUUGGCAAUCUUAUAUACCGAAUGAUUUGCCAUGUAAACGUUGUUUUUAUCAUUCUCCUAAAUGAAGAUACAGCGCUUGUCUGUUCAGCUGUAAUUGUUUGAAUGACUGUUCUGUUAUACAGCCACUGAGGUUAGGCUACCUCCAUAUAUGCAAAAAAAAAAAGUGUUAUAUAGUUUUUGUUCAUUUUA